GCCAUUGCAGAGUGCAGGAAGGGCUGUAUCUGGCAACACUGCUGGUCAAUGCAGCUUCCGGUGGCAUUAUCGUAAUAUGAUUGGUCGGGUGUCGGCCAUGCUCCACCAUGUGGCGGCGGCUUCACUUCUCCUCCUGGCAACCCCGGGCUUCGGAAACCUCAGUCCCCAGCCCCUUCCGAGCCCCGUGAACCCCCCUUCCCCUCCCCUCUCCCCCUCCUCCCUCUCCCCAGACCCUCAUGACCUGAUCCCCUCCCUGUCACGUGACCAGCUGCCCGCCCCGCUGCAUGACCCCAGCGAGCCGGCGGAGAACUUCCUUCGCAGUCUCGGUCCUUCUCGAGCCGAGGACCCCCCGUCGGCCCCCCCGUCGGCCCCGCGCACCGAAGACCCGAUCUUUGAGGACACGGAGCCGCCCCCGACCUCCGCCCCGAGGACACGCCCCUCCCGCCCUUCGUCCCGUCCCCCGUCGACCCCUACCAGCCCCUGCCGGCCGUCCUCCCCCACCACGGCGUCGGGGAGAGCGCCAACCUCCCCCCCCACCUCGGCGUCGGGGAGGGCGCGACGGGCCCCCCCACCAACGCCCUCACCCCGUUCCUCCAGCUCGCCAACGCCACCGGGGGGAUCUCCAUCACGGAACUCCCCGAGCACAACGCCACCCUCUCCCACGAGGAGUUCAAUAGCAUCCUGACGCGGUUCAGCCUGGACGCCCUCCAAGCCACACAGAUCGCCGAGCGCCUGGGCAUCAGCGGCUCGGGCGUCGCGGCGCUGGAGCAGCACCUCAUGCUCGGAGGGAACCUGGAGGGCCCUGGAGGAGCGGGCGACCGGCCCCACGCCCUCCCGCUCGACCGCAACCCCAGGACGACGCCCCAGCGGAGGAGGGACGGCAACGGCUUGUCGAGGGCCACCAAGAGGCUGUUCCUCGGCGACCAGUCCCUCUGCUACAGCGGAAGUUGCGAGUUCUUCCUCUUCUGCUGGCUCGGCGGCGGCCUGAUCGACGGCGGCUGCGGGGGCUUCCUCUUCGCCUGCUGCUCGAGGCCCAACAACCGGGGGCAGCGCGGCCACGAGUCCUACCGGGACGACAAGACGGGCUUCGUCCCCAUCGACUACGGCCCCAUCAGGAACGACAGAGACUGCGGACUUAGUGCCAGCAGCCGUUUGUCCGCCCAGAGAAGGAUCGUCGGAGGCACUGAAGCAGGGUUCGGCUCCUUCCCUUGGACGGCUUAUAUCAGAAUUGGAUCCAGUCGAUGUGGUGGCUCCCUUAUCAACCAGUAUCACGUGGUCACUGCUGGACACUGUGUAGCGAGGGCGCGAGCACAUCAGAUCCGAGUGACUCUUGGAGACUACAUCCUCAACUCUGACAAGGAGCACUUCAACCCUCGAAUCUACGGGGCUUCGGAAAUUAAGGUCCAUCCGAACUUCAAAUUCACGCCCCAAGCCGACCGGUUCGACGUGGCCGUGAUCACCCUGGACGCCCCCGUGGCCUACGAACCGCACAUCCAGCCCAUCUGCCUGCCGGAGAAAGGGACCGACUGGCUGGGGAGCAUCGCGUGGGCUGCCGGUUGGGGCGCGCUGCAGGCCGGCUCGAAGCUCCGGCCGAAGACGCUGCAGGUGGUGGACGUGCCCAUCCUGGACUCCCGCCUGUGCGAGGACUGGCACCGGCAGAGGGGCAUCAACGUCAUUAUCCACGACGAAAUGAUGUGUGCAGGGUACAACCAGGGCGGCAAAGACUCGUGUCAGGGCGAUUCUGGGGGUCCCCUGAUGAUCCAGGACGGCGGGCGCUGGUACCUGGCUGGUAUCGUGUCCGCCGGGUACUCGUGCGCCCAGUCCAAGCAGCCAGGAAUAUACCACAAAGUAUCCUACACGUCUGACUGGAUAUCCUACGCCGCGAGAAGCUGAGAGAUGUAGGAUAUCCAAAAUAGUCCUACUUAACGAGGUCUUCUCCCUGGCUUCCUUGGGUCCUAACCUGGGGACAGUUAGGGGUCUUGUGUAUAAAGCUCGCUCACCCCAGUAUGUGUUAAUCCUUACGUGGCGAUACUACUCAAAAAAGAAAGAAAAAAAGAAAAGAAUAGAAAAGAAAGAGAUUUUUUUGAGUUCAUAUGGAAAGACUUGUCAUUUAAGUUUUUGAAAAUUUAGAUGGAAGUUUCUGUCAUGUAUCAUUUUUGAGGGAAAAUAGUAGCAUUAUGAAAUAAAGAAAACAAAACAAAAAAGAAAAGAAAAUCAGUGAAUGAUCAUAUGAUUAUGAUGAUAGAUUAAGGUCAGAUAACAAUUUUUUGGGUAGUGACGUCACAGAUAUGAAAACCUUUCAGUCAGGGAGCGUCUUUGUGAUGACGUCAUCAAGAUGGAGCCCACCUUCCCUGUGAUACCACCUCAUUAAUUUAAUGUAAAAAAAUGGCGUUAUUCUGAUUAGCGUAGUUUGAAAAAAAUCAUAAUAUUAUUAGGUAUCGAAUCCCAUUUCUAGGAAAAUAUCCAUCCGGUUUCUUAAUUUUUUGAGUGGUCGUGGAUUUACAAUAAAAAAAAAAAAUAAAAUAAAACUUGAUUCGUUAGAUUCUGUUUUUGAGAGAGAAUGAAAAAAGUAAUAUAGUUUAUACAAUUUUAGAUGCAGUAUUAUGGACGAAACAAUGAAAAGCCACACCCUAAAUCUGUCAAAUCGAUGUAGGUUAGGAUUUCUCAGCCACCGAACCCGCGACCUGCAACGGACCUACUCAGGGGAUUUAUCAUCUUUUGUCACUUACAUUUAUAGCUCAGACUUUGGCGUCGAUCUUCCUUAUGUCUUCUGUUCCAUAGAGUGUAUUAGCUUGCCAAAGAAGUGAGGAAGAUGGUGUUCCAAAAAAGAAAAUUCGUUUAAGGAAAUCACAGAACAGAAUAUAAAUUGAUUUCUAAUUUUGUCUUCUGGAUUUCUAGUCGGGGAAACCAUAGAAAAUGGACUGGAUUCCAAUUUUCUUUUUAAGCAGUAACUAUUUUUGUUUUGUUUUGCGUGUUGAUUGUGACAGAAUCCACGCCGUUGACUUAUGGGGCCGCUGGCAGCUCCAUUUAAUUGUUUUAGUAGAUUAUUAGCAAGUAACUUAUCUAUUGCAGUAUAUAAUAAAUACACAUGAUUUUUUUCCUUGUGAAAAAAACAGGUGAUGAAAAUGAUAAAAAAACAACCGUGUCAAAGGUAUGUGUUGUAUUGUAUAUUAUUAUUAUUUUUAGGUAUGGCAACAGCAUACACAAUAGCUCACAUCUAUGUUUACAAUGUGUAUUGUUUUUAGUGGAAGACUCGCAUACAUAAACAUGGCCGACCGUUAUGGCGGGAAAUUUACUCGAAUUAACCCUCUCUCACAUAUCGUUAUUUAAUUUCAAUCAUUUUCGUCUUUUACUCUCUGGUGAAAUAAACAGUUUUUUUUCUAUAAUAUUAUUUUUCUCUUCUCAGUCUUUAUCACUACGAUCUCUGUCAGCUGUUUCUUUAUGCAAUCUUCCAUCUUUUUAUUUGGUUUAAUCUAUGUACUGUUUUGUUUUUGUUGUCUCCGCGGGCUGGUUCCGCAAUGUAUACUUUAUUGUAUAUGAUGUGUAUAUACAAUAUAUUUUUAAUUACUGAAAAGAUUUUUUAAAAAACA